CAGGUUUGAAGACUCACCUCGAGUGGUGUGAGUACUGAGAGGUGAUUACCUGGGAAUGUACCGAGUUGCCAGUGUUGUCUUCCUCGUUGUUACGCAACCGUCACUCAACUGCCCUCCCGGAGUCGAUUCAGCGUCAGUGGCCCCCCAACACCUCCAGCCUGCUCACCAUGGUGGUAGUACAUAUCGUGCUCUUCAAAUUUCGCGACGACACCAGUGAGGCCACCAAGAGCGUCUUCCUCUCCGAGCUCAAGAAACUCAAGCAGCUGCCCUGUGUGGUCGACCAGAAACUCGUUGUCGGAGGGCCCUCGAUCACGACGCCCGCAUCGCGCAGCAAAGGCUUCCACUACUGUCUGCUAAGUUAUCAUAAAGACCGGGCUGCGUUGGAUGAAUACCAGGCGAGUCCGGAGCAUCAUCACGUGACCAGUACUUACAUGUGGCCAUUCAACGACGAUCUGAUGAGGUUCGACUUUGAGACUGCGGACGAUUCCAUUCUCGGCUCGACGGUUUCCGCAGCCCUUGCCUCCGUUGCUGCGUCCUAA